CCGCCCCGGACUCUGGCUCCGGCUCCGGUUGCACUUUGCAACUCCUCUGCCGCCGCUACCAGUUCGCCGGGAACUCAGGUGGCUCCGUUUCGAUGUCUUAGUCCAGGGCCCCCCCGGUCCGCUUGGAGUCAUGAGGGCCAGUGGGGCUCUGCAGGUGCUGGGUUUCCUUCUCAGCCUGGCCCGGGGCUCCGAGGUGGGCAACUCGCAGGCAGUGUGUCCUGGGACUCUGAAUGGUCUGAGUGUGACUGGCGAUGCCGAGAACCAGUACCAGACACUGCACAAGCUCUACGAGAGGUGUGAGGUGGUGAUGGGGAACCUCGAGAUUGUGCUCACAGGACACAAUGCUGACCUCUCCUUCCUGCAGUGGAUUCGAGAAGUGACUGGCUAUGUCCUCGUGGCCAUGAAUGAGUUCUCCACAUUGCCCCUGCCCAACCUCCGAGUGGUGCGGGGGACCCAAGUCUACGACGGGAAGUUUGCCAUCUUUGUCAUGUUGAACUAUAACACCAACUCCAGCCAUGCUCUGCGCCAGCUCGGCUUUACUCAGCUCACUGAGAUUCUGUCAGGGGGCGUUUAUAUUGAGAAGAAUGAUAAACUUUGUCACAUGGACACAAUUGACUGGAGGGACAUCGUGAGGGACCCAGAUGCCGAGAUAGUGGUGAAGGACAAUGGCAGGAGCUGUCCCAAGUGUCAUGAGGACUGCAAUAAACGAUGCUGGGGUCCCGGACCAAAAGACUGCCAGACAUUGACCAAGACCAUCUGUGCGCCUCAGUGUAAUGGUCACUGCUUUGGGCCCAACCCCAACCAGUGCUGCCAUGAUGAGUGCGCAGGGGGCUGCUCAGGUCCUCAGGACACCGACUGCUUUGCCUGCCGACUCUUCAAUGACAGUGGAGCUUGUGUACGCCAGUGUCCACAGCCUCUUGUCUACAACAAGCUAACUUUCCAGCUGGAACCCAAUCCUCACACCAAGUAUCAGUAUGGAGGAGUUUGUGUAGCCAGCUGUCCCCAUAACUUUGUGGUGGAUCAAACAUCUUGUGUCAGGGCCUGUCCUCCUGACAAGAUGGAAGUGGAUAAAAAUGGACUCAAGAUAUGUGAACCUUGUGGGGGUCUAUGCCCCAAAGCCUGUGAAGGGACAGGCUCUGGGAGCCGCUUCCAGACUGUGGACUCGAGCAACAUUGAUGGAUUUGUGAACUGCACCAAGAUCCUGGGCAACCUGGACUUUCUCAUCACUGGCCUCAAUGGAGACCCCUGGCACAAGAUCCCUGCCCUGGAUCCCGAGAAGCUCAAUGUUUUCCGGACAGUUCAGGAGAUCACAGGUUACCUAAACAUUCAGUCCUGGCCUCCCCACAUGCACAAUUUCAGUGUCUUUUCCAACCUGACAACCAUCGGGGGCAGAAGCCUCUACAACCGGGGCUUCUCAUUGUUGAUCAUGAAGAACUUGAAUAUAACAUCUCUGGGCUUCCGAUCCUUGAAAGAAAUUAGUGCUGGGCGUAUCUACAUAAGUGCCAAUCGGCAGCUCUGCUACCACUAUUCUCUUAACUGGACCAGGCUGCUUCGAGGGCCUUCUGAAGAGAGACUAGACAUCAAGCACAAUCGGCCCCGCAGGGACUGUGUGGCAGAGGGCAAAGUGUGUGACCCACUGUGCUCCUCUGGGGGAUGCUGGGGCCCAGGCCCUGGUCAGUGCCUGUCCUGUCGAAACUACAGCCGAGGAGGUGUCUGUGUGACCCACUGCAACUUUCUGAAUGGGGAGCCUCGUGAGUUUGCCCAUGAAGCUGAAUGUUUCUCCUGCCAUCCGGAAUGCCAACCCAUGGAGGGCACUGCCACAUGCAAUGGCUCGGGCUCUGAUGCAUGUGCCCAGUGUGCCCAUUUUCGAGAUGGGCCCCACUGUGUGAGCAGCUGCCCUAAUGGAGUCCUGGGUGCCAAGGGCCCCAUCUACAAGUUCCCAGAUGCUCAGAAUGAAUGUCGGCCCUGUCAUGAGAACUGCACCCAGGGGUGUAAGGGACCAGACCUGCAAGACUGUUUAGGCCAAACCCAGGUGCUGAUCAGCAAAACUCAUCUGGCAAUGGCUUUAGCAGUGGUAGUAGGAUUGUUAGUGAUUUUCGUGAUCCUGGGCAGCACUAUCCUCUAUUGGCGUGGGCGUCGGAUUCAGAAUAAGAGGGCUAUGAGGCGCUACUUGGAGCGAGGUGAGAGCAUAGAGCCUCUGGAUCCCAGUGAGAAGGCUAACAAAGUCUUGGCCAGAAUCUUCAAGGAGACAGAGCUGAGGAAGCUUAAAGUACUUGGCUCAGGCGUCUUUGGAACUGUGCACAAAGGAGUGUGGAUUCCUGAGGGCGAAUCAAUAAAGAUCCCAGUCUGCAUUAAAGUCAUUGAGGACAAGAGUGGACGGCAGAGUUUCCAAGCUGUGACAGAUCAUAUGCUGGCCAUUGGUAGCCUAGACCAUGCUCACAUUGUACGGUUGCUAGGACUGUGCCCAGGGUCAUCUCUGCAGCUUGUCACUCAAUACUUGCCUCUGGGUUCCCUGCUGGAUCAUGUGAGACAACACCGGGGAGCACUGGGGCCACAGUUGCUGCUCAAUUGGGGAGUACAAAUUGCCAAGGGUAUGUACUACCUUGAAGAGCAUGGUAUGGUGCAUAGGAACCUAGCUGCCCGAAAUGUGCUACUCAAGUCACCCAGUCAGGUUCAGGUGGCAGAUUUUGGUGUGGCUGACCUUCUGCCCCCUGACGAUAAACAGCUGCUACACAGUGAAGCUAAGACUCCAAUUAAGUGGAUGGCCCUCGAGAGUAUCCACUUUGGGAAAUACACACACCAGAGUGAUGUCUGGAGCUAUGGUGUGACGGUUUGGGAACUGAUGACCUUUGGGGCGGAGCCCUAUGCAGGGCUGCGAUUGGCUGAAGUACCAGACCUGCUGGAGAAGGGAGAGCGAUUGGCACAGCCCCAGAUCUGUACCAUUGAUGUCUACAUGGUCAUGGUCAAGUGUUGGAUGAUUGAUGAGAACAUUCGCCCAACCUUUAAAGAACUAGCCAAUGAGUUCACCAGGAUGGCCCGAGACCCACCACGGUAUCUGGUCAUUAAGAGAGAGAGUGGACCUGGAAUUCCCCCUGGGGGAGAGCCCCCUGCUCUGACAAAUAAGGAACUGGAGGAAGUAGAGCUGGAGCCAGAACUAGACCUAGACCUGGACUUGGAGGCAGAGGAAGAUAACCUAGCAACAACACUAGGCUCUGCCCUCAGCCUGCCAGUUGGAACACUUACUCGGCCACGUGGGAGCCAGAGCCUUUUAAGUCCAUCAUCUGGAUAUAUGCCUAUGAACCAGAGUAAUCUUGGAGAAGCUUGCCAGGAGCCUGCAGUUUGUGGGGGUAGUGAACGGUGCCCUCGUCCAGCUUCUCUGCACCCAAUGCCACGGGGACGCCUGGUAUCAGAGUCAUCCGAGGGCCAUGUGACAGGCUCUGAGGCUGAGCUCCAGGAGAAGGUGUCGAUGUGUAGAAGUCGGAGCCGGAGCCCACGGCCUCGUGGAGACAGUGCCUACCAUUCCCAGCGCCACAGCCUGCUUACUCCUGUCACCCCACUCUCCCCACCAGGGUUAGAGGAAGAGGAUGUCAAUGGUUAUGUCAUGCCAGAUGCGCACCUCAAAGGUACUCCAUCCUCGAGGGAAGGCACCCUUUCUUCUGUGGGUCUCAAUUCUGUCCUGGGUACUGAAGAAGAAGAUGAAGAUGAGGAGUAUGAAUAUAUGAACCGGAGGAGAAGGCGCAGUCCACCUCGUCCCCCUAGGCCGAGUUCCCUUGAGGAGCUGGGUUAUGAGUACAUGGAUGUGGGAUCAGACCUCAGUGCUUCCCUGGGCAGCACACAGAGUUGCCCGCUCCACCCUGUGCCCAUCAUGCCCACUGCUGGCACAACCCCAGACGAGGACUAUGAAUAUAUGAAUAGGCGACGUGGUGGAGGAAGUUCUGGGGGAGAUUAUGCAGCUAUGGGGGCCUGCCCAGCAGCUGAGCAAGGAUAUGAAGAGAUGAAAGCUUUCCAGGGGCCUGGACACCAUGCUCCCCAAGUCCAUUAUGCCCGCCUCAAAACUCUACGUAGUUUAGAAGCCACUGACUCUGCCUUUGAUAAUCCGGAUUACUGGCAUAGUAGGCUUUUCCCCAAGGCUAAUGCCCAAAGAACAUAACCCCUGCUCCCUGAGAUACUCAGGGAGCACUUGAUGGCAGCUAAUGCCUCUAGAGCAGGGUUGGGGAACGUCCAGCCUAAGGGCUCUGUAUGGCCCAUGAAAUCAUUUGGUCUGGCCCUGCCAAGGCAACCACAGGGAGGACUUGAAAUGUAAUAAACCUAGGAAUCAUAUUUAAUUUUUAAGUUGAUAAUUUUGUAUGGCCCGCAAAUGAUAUAAAUAUCCAAAUGGCCCUUGGCAGAAAAAAGUUUCCCCACCCUUGCUCUAGAGGGUACCCCUCUUCUCCCUAGUCCCUCUCCCUCACUGGUCUCAGUACCAUUUCCCCCCCUCAGUCCUAGACAAUUCCAUUCAACCUUUGGAGGCUUUUAAACACUCUGAAAGAAAGUUCUUGUAUGUAGCCAGCUGUGCAAUUUCUUCUCUUUCCUAAUCCUUGGAAAGUAGAAGGUUUUCCCUGUUUUGUGUGCUUUCUCAGGGGAACUCCCUGGAGAUAUGAAGGAUUACUCCCUUAUCAUAUCCCAUAUCCAUUUGAUUACUCCUAUAUCAUGCCCCUUUCAGACUCAAUCUUGUUGAGACUAGGCUUUAAAGUGUGCCUUUGUUUCCCAUCAGACUCCUAAGGCAAAGAAAAAGGGCAAAACCUAAUGGGGGAAAGUAAAAUUUUGACUAUGAUCCACUGGAAAGAAGGGGAAACUUAAAAUCUUGUGAAGAAAGGUCAAUAGUAGAUAUUAAUGAUUACUAUUAAUUGAGCAUUUACUUUUGUGCCAGACAUUAUGCUAAACUUAACCUACAUCAUCUCACUUAAUCCUUAUACCAAUUCAGUGAACUAGUUUGUUUAUAGUUCUUACAAAUAAGAAACUGACCUUUAAAGAGAGAAGAAAAUUAAGUGGCAGGUCUAGGAUUCAAAAUCUUACAAUGUGUGUGCUCUUACUGUAAGGUAUCAAGGAAAAUGGAUACAAACCAUAGCCCUUGUAAGGGGCAUUGUUCUUGUUUUUGCACUGAAUUAAGUCUAACCCCAACAACCGCAGCCUCCUACACCCAGACUUCUCAUGUCAGGAAUGGGGUGGUCAGAAGGAAAUAUAACCUGAAUCUCUGUGCUGUCAGUGAUCUCCACUUGCCCAAGGGACAGAUUUACAAGGGUCCCAAGAGCCACUUUUAGAAGCUAUUCUUACCCAAUAAAGGGAAGCUUCUGGUUAGGAUAGAAAGAGGACCCAUCUUCAGACCUCUGUUCCAUUGGGUGGGAAACUGGGGGUAUCUGUUCUAUCACUGAAGUUUUUUGUUUUGUUUUUAUACGUGUCUGAAUAAAAAUGCCAAAGUUUUUCA